AGCUGUACGAGGCACCAUCUUGAACCUGACCUUAACAGCCCUUGCUCCGGGAUUUAAAGACUUUGAGCCUGAAGACUUCACGCUGUGGUUCCAGGUCAAUUUGGCCACUGUGACGGCCAGCCUCCAUCCUGGCAGCUUGGUGGUGAUCCCGAGCAAUAUCAGCUGUACAUCCUUCGCAGCUAUACUCACUGGUCUUAGGAAACCUUUGGAAUCCUUGCCACUACACCGUUCACAUGAUGUGAGAUCAGCCAUAGCUUCAUUCAAGGAGACUUUCCCACGUUGCGCAAUUGCAGAGUCCUUGAUGUGCAAACAGACCUUGGUUGAUGAGGACCUCAUCUGUGCUGCUGUCAAUAGAUCACAACUCGACCAAACCUUGUCUAUUGGCAAUUCCUCUGAAGCCAUGUGCAAUGUGACUGUCAUCGCGCAUGCCUGUUCCUCUGCUACACAUCUCACACCCAACAACUUGGUGAGACUGGUGUUAUGCACACUGGAAAGCAACAGGACAUAUCCGGUGGAGGCCUGGAAGCUUCUCUUCCAAAAAGCUUUGACUUCAGUAGACCAUGCUCUUGAAUCAUUUGCUACCAUGGCCGGCAACAACAGCUUCCCAUCCUCGUCAAAUGCUCUUGAUGCUCUUGGAGAGGUCAGAAUUGCCAACUUCACCCAGGCACAGCUACAGAGUGGUGACUUUGUCAAAAGCUGGUUCCGCACAUUGCGUCCCCUUUUGGCCUCUCCAUCGUCCAACUUCCUAUUCUGCCUGAGCGCCAAGAACUUCAGCUGCCAAUCAUACCAGACUGUCAUCCAGGUAUUCAGCAACCAAACGCAAUCCACGGAGAGAAAAAUACAGCAAAGAGUCUACACACACUUUGUCAAACCAUUCCUCUCAAGAAAUGACUCCUCAGAUCCUGGCUGUGUCUCAUCUGUCAAUGGUAGUACAGAGUGGCUACAGGCAAACAUUGGCGGCUUCUCUAAGUUUGCAACUCUGCACGAUUUGCGUGGCCUCAAUCCCAAUUUCUCCAGCGCCGAAUCGUUGUCGGUCCUCACUCCUGCUCAGGUGGCACAGCUGACGCUGAGCUCAGGAGCAUCCAAUGACACAGACCAAAUCGACCGUGUGUUUGAGCGACUUGAGGAGGGCAAUGCUGUGGACAAUGUGGCUGAAUUCCUCACACAGCUCAGAGCGGAAGAAAAGGUAGGCUACUCUUGGCACUAGGGAAAGAAAGAAAAUCCUGGGCUUUUAACUCAGCAAAGGCACUCCUUGG